UGCAACUCCAGCUUUUAAACACAGGAUAACCAUGGAGGAGCUUUUGCGGCUGAAAGGGUUAAAUGAAACCCAACUCUCUUUUUCCUGUGCUGUAAAGAAUUAGUAAUCAAACAGAAGCUGAAGGCAAGACAGAGUGUCAGAGCCACUGACGGAGCUCCAAUCCGAGAGAAGCUGUGGACUUGGUCUCCUCACCCUCCAGAAGUGGCAUCAGUGAGCACUUUGCCCUGAUUGACAAGCAGAUCCAGCAUCAGGACAUAAUGGUAUUAUUAAUCCUACUGGUUGCACUGGCAGUGAUGUCUCCAUCUACAUUGGCGGCUCGAAAAGCAAAGAGGCAAAAUGACUUCUGGGGAAGUUGGGGAGAAUGGAGUGAAUGCAGUCGGAGUUGUGGUGGAGGCAUCAGUCUUCGGCAAAGGCACUGCUACUCACGGAGGACAGAUGGUGGAUCCAGUUGCAUAGGACCAGCCCAAAGUUAUCGCUCAUGCAACACUCAGGACUGUCCUGAGGGCUCCAGAGAUUUUCGAGCAGAACAGUGUGCCGAGUUUGAUGGGACAGAAUUUCAAGGGAAGAAGUACAAGUGGCUCCCUUACUAUGGAGCUCCCAAUAAAUGUGAAUUAAACUGCAUCCCAAAAGGAGAAAAUUUCUACUAUAGGCAGAAAGAAGCCGUCAUUGAUGGAACUCCUUGUGAACCAGGGACAAAUGAUGUUUGUGUGCAAGGGACCUGCCACGCUGUUGGCUGUGAUAAAAUGCUGGAUUCUUCUCAAAAGGAAGACAAGUGCUUGCAAUGCGGUGGGAAUGGAAGAGCUUGUUUUGAAGUCAAGGGACUUUUUGAUGUGCCCAACCUCCCUAAAGGCUACAAUCAAAUCUUUGUCAUUCCGAUGGGAGCCACAAGUAUCCGGAUCAAGGAAGCAAUCCCUACCAGGAACUUCCUGGCCAUCAAGAACGUACAAGGAACAUACUAUCUGAAUGGGCAGUGGACAAUUGAGUACAGCCGGGCUUUGCCUAUUGCUAGCACAGUGGUGCAUUAUGACAGAGGUUCAGAGGGGGAUCUGGCUCCAGAGCUUCUACAUGCCCGGGGUCCCAUCACCGAGCCUUUGAUAAUUGAGCUUAUCAGCCAGGAACGAAACCAAGGAGUACAUUAUGAAUACUAUUUGCCAUUCCAAAGGCAAACAUCAAGCUACAGCUGGGGCUAUGGCUCCUGGAAUGACUGCAGUGCUGAAUGCGGUGGAGGUUAUCAGUCUCGUCUGGUCUUUUGCACCAUUGAUAAUGAAGCCUAUCCGGAUUAUAUGUGCAGAGAUAAACCAUGGCCAGGAAAUAACCGCAGCUGCGGCCUCCAGCCCUGUCCCCAGACAAAACGGGUAUCUUACCUCUAUCUGCCGGGAGCAUGGAGCCGCAACAGAGCAUGGAACUUGCAAACAAAGAGCUGGAAAACUGGCGGCUGGAGCCAGUGCUCUGCCACCUGCGGAGGAGGCAUUCAGAGCCGUUCAGUUUACUGUGCCUCGUACAAUGGACAUCAUUUUCAGGAUGCUGUGGAUGAUACUGAAUGUGCUUCCUUAACAGAGAAGCCACGCAGCACACAGCCUUGCAACCUGCAGCGCUGUGCAACAUGGGUCUCAAGUCCUUGGUCUGAGUGUUCAGUAAGCUGUGGUGAAGGUAUUCAAACCAGGACUGUAAGCUGCCAGGUUGAACAGGGCUCUCAGAUUCUAGAUAUUGCUUGCUUGAGAGAACCAAAACCUCAGCAUACCCAGCCCUGUAUCGGGGAGAAUUGUAUACAGGAGAUUGGCUGGCAUAUCGGAGACUGGGGAUUGUGCUCAAAAAGCUGCAGUUCUGGUAUCCGAACCCGCCAAGUCAUCUGUGCUGAUGGUGAUUCCAAAUUCUAUAGUCAUGAGAUUUGCCAAGAGAUACAGCCACAGAUACCAACCAUGCUUGGGAGCUGCAAUACACAACCUUGUCACCUGCCCCAGCAGGUUCCCAGUAUGCAAGACAUCACAGGGUACAAUAUCAGUCGUCGGACAUUACUGACCCGCUACCGUCCUGACCAAGGCACUGAAGUUUCUAGACAUGAAAGAAUAAUCCAAACUGGCUCUACUCAUCACCAGGUCCAGCUAAAUGAGAGUCCUCGCUCCAAUUUCUUACCUCUUGGAUGGGAUAGUGACUCAGACUCUUCUGUGUCCCGUCGGUCCCAUUCUUAUCCAAAUGGUGGUAAUGAUCAAGACUGCAACCAUACUCCUCAUGGCUGUUGUUCAGAUGGUCGCACUGCUGCAGCAGGUCCCUUUGGCCAAGGUUGCCCACUUGAUUCUUGCCAUCUGAGCAGAUAUGGGUGCUGCCCCGAUGGAAUAUCACGUUCCCAGGGACCUAACCAAGAAGGGUGCACACAAUACUACAGUGAUGUUUACAUAAGCAGAAAUCCUGUUACUCCCACUCCAACAACAAGCCAAGUUCUUGCCCAGCAGCUGCCGACAGAGGAAUGCCGAGGUUCUAUGUAUGGUUGUUGCUAUGACAACAUUGCCUCUGCUUUAGGGCCUCAAGGGGAAGGAUGUCCCACAAGACUCAGCCAAUCUUAUCCUGUCCAGUGUCUGUUACCCAGUGCCCAUGGUUCCUGCACAGAUUGGACCAUACGUUGGUAUUUUGUAAGCGAUGUUAGAAAAUGCAAUCGUUUUUGGUAUGGAAGUUGCCAUGGGAAUAAGAACAACUUUGCUACUGAAGAAGAAUGCAUGAAAGCCUGCCAUGGAUCAAUGGGAAGAAGCCAUGUGAGUCUUCACCAUCAUAUUGCAAGUCCUAACAUCCACUCUAGUUCUCAACUGCAAGAAGGGAACACAGAAGUAAAGCCACAACAAUUUGGAAGAACUGUAACUCAUAGAACAGGAAAUGGAGGUCAUAGUGAUAGGACUUCCUCCAAUCAAGAUGCCUUACCUGAAUCUGAGCAAGGAACUAGCUUGCUAGAAAACCAGCCAGAAAGUUCUCAUCACUCAAAAACUCUUGAUGAAAUAAAAAGGGACACAGUAGAUCAUUCGCAUGGUUUGAGUGAGACUGUGAUUUCCAGACACUCAGAGAAGCAGCUGACUGUGAAUGGCCAGACCACUCAACAUGAGCGUGAAGAGUGGAGGAGGGAAUCAGGUGCAGAUGGGUUAACAUGGAGAAGAUUUGGGUAUCAAACCCCACCAGAGUCCACUUUUCAAUAUUCUCUGAACAGGAUCUUCUUGGAUGGACCAGAAUCUUCUGCAGUGGAGGCAGGCCUAGGACAAAGCAUUCGUCUUCUCUGUAAGACGGACAAUUCCCACUUCUCUAGAGUUGAAUGGCAGAAAGACGGACAGCCGAUCUCCUAUGAUAGGCAUACCUACCAGUCUGACAACUCUCUGGUGGUUAGCCAUCUCAGGACUGAGGAUGCUGGCAUCUACACGUGCAUAAUUUCAAAUGGGAGGGUGGAACGCAGACAGAUUGAAUUGCUGAUCAAAGAAAUCCCUCAAUCUACCCUCACCCAGGGAAGAAGGCAUCAACUUACUUAUGAUCAGAAUCACCAGCCCAGAGUCUUUGGCACAGGAACUAAUGACAGGUGGUCACAUGUUUCUUCUCUGCAUCCUCAAAUAACAUACAGGUUAAAAAUGUAUAAGAAUGAGCCUUCGGUAGUUGAUGGUAGCAUUGGCGAACAAGUCAGACUGCCUUGUCGUGUAGAGGCUUCCCCCUCCUUAACCAUUGAAUGGCAGAAAGAUGGCCGUCCUAUUUCAUCUGCCAGGCAUAGGCAGCAACCUGAUGGUGCCCUGCUAAUCAGUCAUCUGACAGCUGAAGAUGCUGGCUUCUUUACAUGCAUUGCUUCUAAUGGCCGGGACCAAGAUCAGAAAAAAGUUCAAAUUAGACCUAGAGGAGACUUGAGAAUUAUUGACCUGCUGCCCAGGCUUUCAGUGUCUGAAGGGGAGAAUGCUCAUCUUCAUUGUGUUGUGACAGGCAACAAUGUAAACAUAAGAUGGUCAAGAAAUGGGGUUCCAGUAAGAUCAGAUGGUCAUCGUAUCCACGUGUCUCAAGAUGGAAGCUUACUUCUAAACAAUGUUCAGCUUGGUGAUGAGGGCUCUUAUACGUGCAAUGCCUAUAAUGGCAAUAAUUCGGUCAGUGCCAGUACAGAUGUGAAAGUCAUCAAAAGGCAGCCAGAAGUGCCAGCAUCUCUCCCUGUGGACACAAGCAGGGAAUGUGUUGAUCAGCCACACCUUGCUAACUGUGAUCUGAUUCUACAGGCUCAGCUCUGCAACAAUGAGUAUUAUUCCAGCUUCUGCUGUGCCAGCUGUUCUCGCCGCUAUGGCUGAAUCACAGGCUUGCUACCGCUCUUGCAAUCCUGCUCCGGAAGAAAAGCACUCAUCUCCAACCUGUUUAUCAAGCAUACACGGGUAGUCAAUACAGCUAAUGUGAGAACAGAGAGAACAGUUGGCAGAAAUGGUUAUCUCCACCUUCCUAAGCUGUAUUUUGUUUUGCAAGAGAAACAUCAAAUCCUCUAACAGCUGGCUGACCUUUUCAUUUAAGGAAACGGAGAAUUGUUCCACUAGCAAAGCUUAACAAUACAGACAAGAGUCAAAAGUAAGUAGGAAAGUUACUUCAAGAGAAAUCAAGGAUAGCCAACACAUUUUAAAUCAAACAUAAAAGCUAAAUUAGUGCCAGAACCCACAAAGAAAAUCUGCUGACCAUAUUUUUUGUGGAAAUUUAGUAUACUGACCUAGAAACUUGUUUCCUGCAGUUAUUUUAAAUAUCCCUGCAGUUCAAAUUUAAACAGUUAUAAGCAGACAAUGGUUGUUUUUUUCAGCAGAUACAGGAAACAUUGCUGAGUUAACUACCAGCAGCAAAUAUCACUUAAUAUUUGUUGGAAAUACGUAGAACUCGGAAGCAUCUGAAGAGGAAAAUGCAUGGCAACGUGGCAGGGUUUUGUAUUUCAAAUACUCUUAAAACAGCAAGGCUGUAUUUCUUGAAGUAAGUUCAUUAAACAGUGAUCCUCUCUUCUAAUUAAACAUGUAUACAAUUGUAUUAAGGCCUUUGAAAAAGGAAACAAAGUCUGUUGUAUUGCUUCUGCAUAAACAAAUACCAGAGACUGUGCAA